CCUCGGCAAGAUUAUCUUACCAGAGUGCGUACUCCACGACUGUAUGGUCAUGACUCGGCCUCCUACGAAGGAAGAAAAGGUAUGCGUUGGUAUUCUAGAACAUCUUGGAGUCUUCGUUGUCUAUCUCCCGCGCGUACCCACAUGUUGCAGCACGGAUAA